GGGGGGGCCGAGGAGCGUGAAGGAUUACAUCAUUGAGUACAAGAUGGCCGCCCUCGGCUUCGUGAGGUACUAUGUCUAUGGUGACAAGGAGGAUGACCUCCAACUCUGGCCGAGGAUGACCACCACCUUUGAGGAGGCCGACGGCCCGAACUUGGGCAUUCCUGCUGAGGCCGAUGAUUUUGUCAUGGACCGUCGAUCCAUGAUGGCUAUUGCCAAGGCCAAAGCGGCCGAGGAGAUUGCUGCUAAGGCGGCCGAGGCGGCCAGACGUGCCGCGGCCGGUGGGAGCGGGGCUACUGCUGAUGCGGCCCCAAAGCCUGCUCCUUCGAAGAAGAAAAGGCCGGCCACUGACGGCCAGAAAAAGUUGACUGAGGCCGGCGUGAACGUCUCUAAGAAGACGAAGAGGGCUCCUUCCCCUUCUCCGGCUAGUGAGGCCGGUACUCUUACUGUCCCCAGCGUGGGCAAUGGUGGUCCAGUCGUGGACCUUACUGUUGCUGACGAUGCUGCCCCAUCGCUUCCUCUCGUCCAGGAACCACGGACGCAGAGGGCCGGCAAGGAGAUUGCCGGUGCCACCUACCAGAAGGUGGUAGAAUACCCCGUCGGCGGAGGCGUGUUUAAUGAACUCGUCCCUGGCCACGUCGUCCUGGACAAGGCCAUGCCGGCCAAAGAUCCGGCUCACUUGAAGAAGCUCGAGGAUCCGAAGAUUUACGAGGGUGGCAUGGACCUCCUCGUCCAAGUAAGUUACUGUCCUUAUAUUUUUGUUUCUCUCUUCGUCUGUGUAGAGUCUUUUGCCUGACCUUUGUUUUCCUUCUGAAGAGUGCCUUUAUGCUUAUGGAAAGCCAUAAGAGGCAGUAUUGGGAGAUAGCUCGCUUGAAAGAGCUGGAGCAGAAGGCUGCUUCGGCCGACGAGGCGGUAGCUUGCCUUGACCGGCUCCGGGAGGAUGCCAAGGCAUUGCAGGCAAGGGCUGAUGAAGCCGCCGCAGCCAGGGACGAUGCCCUGGCCAAGCUCGAGGAGAGCAAAAGGGAGCUCGAGGAGUCCCACAGGGCGCUUGAGGCCGAGAGGCGCAGGAGCGAGGAGGCCGCCAAGGCGAAGGCUGAGGCCGAGGCCGCCGUCGUGAAGGCUGCCGAUGAGGCCGUCGAGAAGUUCCUGGCCGAGGGGUGGAAGGCCGAUGAGAGGCUCCCCUGGUGCUACGAGGUGGUGGCCGCCAGGCUUGAGAGCUGGGGGAUGAACUCCCCCGCCGGCCAGGAGUAUUUCACCCGGGAGAUGUCUGUGUACUAUAACCUGGGCCAGGAGCGGAUGCAAAGGCUCCUGUGUCGGCGGCUGUCCCGGGCGUUGAAGGCCAUGAAUUACACGUCUGGGUGGGCUAGACGGAACCUGAAGCUGCCGAAGCUGAUGAAGGAUCCAGAAGAGCAGGCCAAGCUUCCGCUGUCGGAGCGAGAGUCCCCCAUAGAAAGCUCCGGCCUCGGCGAGCCGGACUAUACUGAAUUCGACUUCUUAGAUGAUGCCACCAGCGCCGCUGCCGGCCAAGAAGCUGAGGCCGAUGAGGCCGACGAGGAGGGAGCCGACGAGGUUGAAGAGCCCGCCGCGGAUGAAGGUGCCCCG